AUGUUUUACGAUGUUAAUCGAUUUCAUCUAUGCGUUUUCGUAACUUGGCAGCUCGUCAAUUUUGCUGUCGGGCAAUAUAUUUUCAAUAUUUUCUCCAUUCACGUUCCAAAAUGGAAAUGUGGAGAUGGCCCAGUAACAAAAGAUUGCAAAGUCUACCAGUCUUGUCCGAAGGAUAAUCUCACGUUUGUAGAUCCUAUUUUUACAUCAGUUGCUAUGGAUUUCGAUUGGGUUUGUGGUUCUUCUGCUCAUUAUCAAUCAUUUUUCUCGUUGGUUCAAUAUCUGGGUGUUCUUGUUGGAACUGUUUUAUUUGGAACUUUGUCAGACAAAUAUGGGCGGAAACCAAUUGGAAUUUUAGUAAUAGUGAUUGCAAUUAUUUCGCUUCUAGGUACCGGACUUUCUCCAAAUCGCCAAUUGCUUUUUAUAGCACGAUUUUGCUCCGGCUUAUCAAUUGCAGGUGUUCUAGUAUGUAUAUGUGCAUGGAUCCUUGAAUCGAUUCUAUCUCACCAGAGGAUGGUUAUACGUGCAUUUUUCAAUUGGGGGUGGACAAGAGUUUUCAUUACAGUUGUAUGUUAUUUGACACAAGAAUGGAGAUUGGCUUCUUAUGUAUGUGCAGCGUGUCUUGUUCCAGCUCUUCUCAUGCUGAUUUUCUUGAUUCCAGAGUCUGCCAUAUGGUUACAUAGCAAGGGUGAAACUGCAAAAAUGAUUGAGAGUGAGAAAUUCAUGGCAAAAAUCGCAGGAGUUUCUUAUGUUCCAAUUGAACACAAACUGAUUCACUCAAAAACUUUAUUAGAAACUCUCAAUACGAAAGGGUUAUUCAAAAAGCUGUUCGUAUUAUGGAUCAUGUGGUUUUUCGUUGCUGUUUGUGGAUUUGCAAAUGAUUUGAAUUCAAACAGUCUUGCCGGAAACCUUUACUUGAAUCAAGCGUUAUUCGGUAUAUUACUUGUGCUGUCAAAAAUUGUACUGCUUUUUGUGGAUACCAAAUUUGAAAACUUUAAACGGAGAACGUUGCAUCAAGGAUCACAAUCCGGAAUGAUAAUUAGCUUUCUCAUUUUAGCAAUAUUUUUAUGGAUUGACUAUCAUGGAACAGGUUUCCUAAUCGUUUACCUUUUUGGAACAAUGUUCAUCGAAUACACAUGGGAUGCUGUAUAUCUUUGUGCUAUUGAAUCGAUGGAAACUUCUUCUCGAGCAAGUGCAGUUGGCUCAUGUUCAUUAAUGGCUAGAAUUGGUAGUCUUUUGGCACCAUUUCUUACUUAUGCAAACACGUGGUGGCCCCCUGCAGUUUAUUUCACUAUUAUUGUUUUGGGGACUGUAAACUUGAUAAUAUCAUUUAUGUUUUUGCAAGAAACGAAAAAUGUAAAUUUGGAUGAAGUACAAGUUAACGACGAUGAGGCACAGGAAGAGAAAAUUGCGAUGUUGCAGACCUAAUUAUAUCAAUACAAUGAUAUUUAUUAGGAAAUUUACACGCUUUCUUAAGCAUUUUUUAUUUUUUAUUUUGGAAGAAGUUAACAUGAAAUGUUUAUUUUCACAUUUUUGUAGCAUACUUUUAAAAAACUUUGGCACAUGGUGUAGUAGCUGAACCCGGAAUUGUUUUUGAUGUAUGAAGGUCCGUAAAGAUCAGCUUCAAAUAAAACUAUGAUUUAA